AUGGCAGAUGGCCAGAAUCCCGACCCGGUCCUACCGUCACCUGCUCAGCCUCCACAGCCACAGAGCAUUCCAAAGCGCAAACCUGUAUCUGUGGGCACAAACGAAGCUCCCAUCGUCGAAUCCACCGCCACUACUACCGCAGACAACCGAAGCCAUGAACAAUUGCAGAGCAUAGCUUCUUACCCAGCGAAAGAUGUGGCAAUUGGCACAUGGGAGUUGCAAACAGCCAAUUAUGGCGCUCGAAGACGGUUUGCGUUGCCUGCUUUGUCUCUCGCUUUCUUUGACAAAGUCCGUCUUGGUCCGUUAGACAAGUACCUGCCGUAUGAGCAGCGGAAGCGCCGUUAUGCAAUUGCUGGAAUAAUUUCUGCGCUGAUAAUUGCUUUGUUGGCGCUUAUUAUUGGUCUUGCAGCUGGAUUGUCCACGGGUAAAAAGACCCAGAAUCUUCCCCUACCAACCUCACAUGGAGGGCCAUAUAGUGGUGAUUUGACGUAUUAUGAGCCUGGGCUGGGAGCAUGUGGCAUGACUUCAUCAUCAUCAGACAAUAUCUGUGCUGUAUCUCAUUUAGUCUUCGACGCCGCGCAAACCGGGUCAAACCCCAAUGCAAACCCACUGUGUGGGUUGAAGCUACGACUUCGAAGAAAUGAUAAGAGUGUUGAUGUGACGGUUGUUGACCGCUGUGUCGGUUGCAAGGCGACGGAUAUUGAUACCACGACAUCCGUGUUUGGGACAUUGGCUGAGAUUGACCAAGGGCGAGUGACGGUGGAUUGGGCUUGGUUGGAGAGCUCGCCUGUCAAUGUUACUACUGUUUCUUGA